AGUAUGCAAAAUAUGGAACCACCAAAGGAUGCUGGCGAGGGGGAAGAAAAAGGGAUUCCCUCACUUUUCCCAGCAAGUUCUUCGUUCCUUUCCACCAGGAGGAGGCGCGCAGCCCAAAUCCCCCUACUCUCUCUCCUUAAAUCUCCCUACCUAAGGCUGCCGAGGUCGGCAGAUUGGCCAAAAUCCUCCCGCAAGGCCAGUCCUCCCCGCCCCAGUUGGUUUUUCCCAGCUGUGGAGGUUGGGCGGGCCUCUGGGUCUCCAGGGGUGUCCGCGCCGGCUGAGCUGAGCAGGGCAGUCCCCGCGACUCCGGGGCGUUUGGAGUUGGCUUUGGGCGCGGAGGUGAGCGGCGGGGAGCAGCAGACCGGACGGAACCCGGAGGUGCGCGGAGGACUCUCCCCAUUCUCGGGCUGGCGAGCAGCUUCGGUCCCGACUGCCAUCCCGCCCAGGGUCCCAGCCGCUUUGUUCGCUGACUCCCUCUGCCCCUUUGGAGAUGACUUGAACCCUCUCUGGGAUCUGAGGGGCUGGCAGGGCUCAGGCUGGGGAACUACAGCUGUAUGGCCCUCCAUUUCCUACUCAUUCAAGAAGGUCGCGCGGCGGACCGAGAGACGCCAACGAAAGAGGCGAGGAGGUGCCACCCGGGGCGGCGACUGGAGAGCCGCGGGAGGAGGAGCGCGAAGACCGGCGACCGCCGUGCGUACUUUCCGGAGGGAAGGGCGGGGGAGUCAGCCGGGAGGGGGACGCCUGCCGUCUAGGAGCUCCGCUGAGUUCCGACCGCGGUGUCCCUGCUCCGCGCCCACCAGAGGAAAGUUUACUCCAGGAGCUUCCGGCUGGCCCGCGCCCUCCGGGUCCAGCCCCUGAGCCUUCGGAGCGGGCGCCGAGAGCCGCUAUGC